AUGCACUGUGCUGUCUCUGAAAAUCAGCUCCAAAUGAUUUUUGAAACAGAGCUGUUCUCGGAGAACCACGGCGUCCGGAAAGAAGACUACGAACAGCACAGAUCUUCCAAUGAUGGUGUUCUGCUACUGCGUGAAUGCAUCUGCAGACCUGUGAGCAAAGGGAUCCAGAACAUCGAGCUGCUUGGGCCCUCAGUAGCUCACAAGGCUUCAGCUGGCUCUGAAUCCAGUUCUGUGCUGCUGCAAGGGGCUCCUAGGGGCUGCCUACGGCUCCUCCCUCUGUGGUCCAUCACGGGCACCAGUGACCAGGAUCACACCAGACUCCUCAGUCCUCUUAUCCAGCACUGGAUGUCCCAGGGAACAGAACAGGGAGUGCGAAAGCCCAGGGAGGCAGCUGAGGUGCUGCUGGUGCUAGUGCUGCCCCUGCUGGUUCUGGUGCUGCCCCUGCUGGUUCUGAAAUUUAUGAUGACACUGGCUGGUGGAGUACAAGCAAUACUUGAAAAUCUGUCUAUGAGGUACAGUGUCGCUGUUUUGACGGUGUAUGAUGUGCGCAACCCCAUGGACAUGAGUGACUAUAGGGUGCCAGAGAGUCCCUGUGCUCAGUAUUUCAUACGGGUUGUCUAUCGUACAUGGGGGUGCUCUUCAAACUUCGUAAUAUUUUUGCAAGGACCGUAUGAAUUAGACGUGGCUCCAUCCAAGUACAGCACGUGCAGUAUGCAAAACCUGGUCUUUCUUGGUCUUAGGGCUAGACAUAUAUUCACAGUAUCUGUUGUAGGAGCACAGCAGAUUGGGAGAUCUCUCGGUCUAAACUAUGAUGAACGCUAUUGCCAGUGCCAGAGAAGGGCCACCUGCAUAAUGCACAAACACCCUGUGCUGACAGAUUCAUUCAGCAAUUGCUCCUACGUGGACCUGGCACACAUACUUACACUUGCGUCAGCAGAGUGCCUAUAUGGUGAAAAUUUUACAUAUUAUAAUAAAACCUAUACGGAGUAUAUUUGCGGGAACAGAAAAAAGGAAGGAGGACAGGAGGAUUGUGACUGUGGAUCCUUCAAGCAGUGCUAUGACAACACAUGUUGUGAAAGCUCCUGUGUCUUUACGCCCGGUAGCAUUUGCGAUGGGCAAGUCUGCUGCGGGAACUGCACCUAUGCCCCUGCAGGGACGCUCUGCAGAGGCGUGCUCAAUAUCUGUGACCUUCCAGAGUACUGCGGUGGAAGCACAUUCUUCUGUCCAGAAAACCUGUAUCUGCAGAACGGAACCCCGUGCACCGAAGAGGGCUACUGUUACAACGGAAACUGUACUGACCGCACCAUGCACUGCAGAGAAAUCUUUGGAAGAAACACCAGAAAGGGUGAUGAUAUCUGCUAUCAAAUGAACACAAAGGCCAGCAGAUUUGGGCAUUGUAACAGGAGAUAUGUAGGACUCGCAUUUGAGAGGUGUCCAAUAAGCGACAUUCUUUGCGGAAGGCUGCAGUGUAGCAAUGUAACCCACCUUCCCCGGGUGGAUGAACAUGUUUCAUUCCAUCAGUCUAAGCUUGGAGACUCUUGGUGCUUUGGACUAGAUGAGCACCGUGGUGCAUUCGCUCGGGACCUUGGAUUUGUGCGAACUGGUACUCCCUGUGCUCCAGGAAAAUACUGUCAUUAUCGUCGCUGCAAUAACACUGUGCAAAAAAUAAACUACGACUGUACACCAGAGAAGUGUAAUUUUAGGGGAGUUUGCAACAACAAAAGGCAAUGUCACUGUCAUACAGGUUGGUCUCCUCCACUGUGCCUAUCAAGAGGUGCCGGUGGCAGUGAGGAAAGUGGACCACCUCCGAGAGCAGUGCGGGAAGUCACACAGAACCCGGAGCCCGUGCACUAUUUGAGAAUCAUGGUUGGUCGCAUUUAUGCGUUCAUAGCGGCGCUGCUCAUUGGGGUGGCCAUGAACGUGCGGACUGUCAAGACUGCCACAGUUCAGGAAGUAAAACAGCCUCAGCCAGCUUAA